AUGACAACCAAUAACCACCACACUAAAGGUGGCUGCGCAUCCAAUGUCUUAUCCCAGGACAGCAAGCUCACCCGAGGCUUGAAGCGCGAAGCUGAAUCCGUGAGCGUGGCCACAAACAGAGACGAGCCUCCAACCAAGCGCCCCUACUAUGGCAAGUGCCAGUACAAGACCGGCAAGUGCUUCAACGAACGCACCCUCAAGCGCAAUGGUGAAGCACACUCGCUUUGCGAGGAGCACCGCGUCAAGCAGAACUUGAUCCAGCGUCGCAGUGACCGCAAAUACCAAACGGUGCAUGCCAUUCGCCGUCGUGAGCGAUCGCAGCGUCGAGCUGUGUUGAAGAAGCAGGUCUCGAUGGCGGUGGCCCAGCAGCUCUUUUAUGAGCAUCAGCAACAGAAAACCCUGGGUAUCCCGCUGCCGCAGCAUCACCCUUUGCACUUGCUGACGGCCACUGCGAGUGCUGCACCUGACACCCCGAACGCAAGCGGAAUCGUGGGCCCUACUCCGCCAAUUCAAGUCCCGCAUCCGCCUUCAGCAUUUAUGCUAGAUGGCCACCGUAGUGUGGGUGCGCCUCUGUUGUUAACGCUCCGCCCCCACAACGAUCGCGUGGAGUGUGCUACUGCGUCGCAAAGUAAGAAAGCGACAAGGCAUAUCAAGGACGAUUCUACCCCUACGGGCAUUGAUAACUUCACACCAGACUCGUUUCUGAAUAUCCCAGUAUCCCGGGAUCACAGCUUGCAAGCUCCAAGAGACCGGGAGAGUUCGCAGAGCAACACCAUCAGUGACCACCAUGGCUACAUGCCUAUUGUGUCGUGUUCAGGAGACAAGGAGACGUGGAGUGACGACGACAUCGAGUUCCUGCAGACCGUCCUGUUAGCCUAA